AUGAAUUUAGGACCUCGCAGAAAUAUAAAGGAGAUGCUCCCAAUUCACUAAAACUUUAUUGAACCUCAUAAUUACCAAUAACUGUUCAAAAGUCCUGUGAGCACUCGACAAAGACAGCAAAGACCAUCCAAAUUGCCCUCAUUCAAAAUGUCUAGUGGGCAGUAGGUUCCAGUUCCUGUAUCACCACCCGUUUCUCCUUAGUGGAGGACUCGGAAUAUGAGUCGUGUAGAAUAGAGAAUGCUAAGUGUAAGUCCUCCUUAAGUACCUUCAGUACCUCAAAGUCCAAAAUAUUAGAUUUAGAUGUAGAUCUUCAAUGAACAAAUAUUAUAAAAAGCCUUGAAGAGAAAGAUCAAUGAGAGUGUAGCUAAAAAAUAGGCGAUUUAAACACCUGAGAGGUUGUUGCAUCAGCAUUCUCUAAUUCGAGAAGAUCUAAACAAAGGUUGUUUUAAAUUCCUGUUUGUGCUUGGGAAAGGAGGAUUUGGGAAAGUGUGGAGAGUGGAACUUUGUAAGACUAGAAAGCAAUAUGCAAUGAAAGAGAUGAGUAAAGCCAAAAUCUUAUCAAAGAAGUCUGUCCACUCAGUUAUUAAUGAAAGGAUACUCCUCAGUAAACUAAGACAUUCUUUCAUUGCCAACAUUCACUUUGCAUUUUAAGAUCGAGAUCACCUUUACUUAGUGAUGGAUCUCUUAACAGGAGGAGAUCUAAGAUAUCAUAUUGGAGUUAGUCGUCGUUUCACUGAAUGGCAAACAAAGUUCAUAAUUGCUUGUUUAUUAUUGAGUUUGGAGUACUUGCAGAACAAUAACAUUAUACAUCGAGAUCUUAAACCUGAGAAUGUAGUAUUUGACAAGAAGGGCUAUCCAAGAUUAACUGAUUUUGGGAUAGCAAGAGUGUUAAAGCCAGAGAAUAGUUAAGAAACAAGUGGCACUCCAGGAUAUAUGGCCCCAGAAGUAAUGUGUAGACAGAAUCAUGGAAUAGGGGUUGAUCAUUUUGCCUUGGGAGUCAUGAUACACGAAUUCAUGCUUGGGAGAAGACCUUAUGUUGGUAGAUCUCGUAAGGAAAUCAAAGAGAUGAUGUUAACUAAGUAAGUUACUAUCAAAAGAUAAGAUGGUUGGAGUAAUGAAAGUGCAGAUAUUUGCAAUUAAUUGUUGCAAAGGAAACAAUAAAGUAGAUUAGGAUUUGAUGGGAUUUAGGCAAUUAUGAAACAUCCUUGGUUUUAAAAUCUAAAUUGGUAGAGUCUGAUUGAUAAGACUAUGCCUUCACCUUUUGUGGAGUUGGCUUAUUCUGAGGAUCUGGAUUUCAAGAGGCAGAUUUCAUCGGAUCAUGACUCUCAGGAUGCUUUGAUAUAAGAAAAUGCUAGUGCUUUGAGAAGGGAUUCUAUUCAAGAUAUGUUCAAGGAUUAUGAAUACAAUGAUCAUGGAGUGACUGGCAGUACUAAUUCCACUUAAAUUUUAUGA